UUAUUUAUCUCUCUUCUCUUUUCUUUACGCGCACCGAUAAACUCCCACAUUUAACGACAGACCUCAAUUAAUUUUUUUUUUCAUCGUCAAUGGACUCCAGUUCCCAACCGCCGUCAGGCGGUAGUCCUGCAAAACCUUGGGAACGAUCAGGUGCUUCGUCGUCCGGCCCUACGCCUUUUAAGCCGCCAUCGCCUGGCAGCACCAGCGAUGUGGUUGAGGCGUCUGGAACUGCAGCACCGGGUGAAAUUGUUUCUUCUGCUAAUAGGACUGCGGCUGUAAACACGAAUUCUCUCGGUAGACCUGUCCCUUCUAGGCCGUGGGAGCAACAACAAACUUACGGGAACUCGUAUGGAGGGUACAACUCUGGCCUAAAUUAUAAUUCAGGGUAUGGUUCCGGGAUGCUUAAUUCUUCAUAUGGUGGUGGAUAUGGAGGAUCUUAUGGUGGUGGAAUGUAUGGAAGCAGCAUGUAUAAUAGAGGAGGAUAUGGGGGUGGCAUGUAUGGCAGUGGUGGCGGCAUGUAUGGUGGAGGAAUGUAUGGGGGUGGUCUUGGUGGCCCAAUGGGUGGUUAUGGAAUGGGUGGGAUGGGAGGAAUGGGGCCUUAUGGUGGUGAUCAAGAUCCGAAUAAUCCAUAUGGUGCUCCGUCAUCUCCACCUGGCUUUUGGAUUUCUUUCCUUCGAGUGAUGCAAGGCGUUGUCAACUUUUUUGGCCGGAUAUCUAUUCUGAUAGACCAGAACACCCAGGCGUUUCACAUGUUCAUGACUGCAAUGCUUCAGCUCUUUGAUCGUACAGGCGUUUUAUACGGAGAGUUGGCGAGAUUUGUUUUUAGACUAUUAGGAAUCAGAACAAAGCCGAGGAAGGUUCAAGGCCCGGGACCUGAUGGACGUCCUACUCCUCAUAACCCACAUGGAAACCAAAACUUCAUCGAGGGAGGACCAAAGGGUGCUCCAACUGGUGGAUGGGAUAACGUAUGGGGAGACAGUUGAGCUAGGCCGACAAUGUCCAGCUUGCGUCCGUUUUGAUGUUGGAACAAAGUCGAAUUUAGCGGUAUCUUGUGAAGGAGUUCAGAUGUAUGCUAUGCUGCUUGUAUCUUUCAAGGUUGGUUUGCUAAAUUGUGUGUAUUGUUUGCUCGGAAUAAUAGAUUCUCUCACUCUUUCUCCAUCUCCGGGAAGCAGUCUCGUCGGUGAAAAAACAGUUAGGUACCGAAAUUUAUUACUCUGGUGCUCAUUUUGUGCCAAGUCCCUUAAUGUGGAAAAUAGGGGGAGAUGUUGUAAUGAUUCUAAUGACACCUAUACAUAGUAGAUGUGGAAGAAUAUUUGAUAAUUGGAUGGGAUGUUAUAAUCCUUAUUAUUCAAAUAAGAUGUAAUUUCAAAAUAA